CCAAUUCUUACAUAACACAUCACCUGUCUUUUUUUUUUUCGGCUCAAUACCCUAAAAGGAACCUGGAAAGCUGCCGCUGGGAACCUUUUGAGGCGCAACACCCUAAGAGGUACCAAAACCGCGUUUUUACCGCGUUUUUACCGCGUUUUUGCCCAUGAAAGGUACAACGGGCACCCCAUGAUUUCUACAUGGUAGUUCCUUGCCCACUCCCCACCCCCCCGACCCCCUGGGUAGGAAACGGUCAAUUGUAGAGGAAAACUACCUACUGUAUGCUGUAUCAGGCUUGAUUACCAGCCGCGGUGGAAAUCGAGCCUAGUUUUGUUUAUUUGUUUUGUUUUUGCUUUUUUGUGUGUUUUCUUGGAUCUUUUUGCUAGAGUGAAUGGCCUUCGAUAUUUUGGAAUGUCAAGCGCAAAUACUCCUUCAGUUAAUUUAUAUAGGAUCUUUCUAAACGUGUUGCAACCGUGUAUUUGGAAAGGGAUAACAGUUGUUUAUGUUAGUCUUAUUCUAAGUGACGUGUGUCUCGCAGAGCAAACUGAAUAGCCAAGGAACCCGUGGCGACUGGACUUAAUGUUUUAUCUGUUCAAAGUGAUAUCUGCAUAUUAUGUGUGGCCUGUAGCUAAGAAAUUAUUAGCAGAGAGCGAGAUUUUGCGUCAAUGCCGCGAACGGAACACGAACCACUUGUUGCAGUCCUUGGAACUCGCGACAAUUGUGACGGCUCUGUCACAUCGAGAGAAGCUAAUGGAUCUGUGUCUUGUUUGCCGGCAGGAGUUCUAAGCGAUGGAAUCGCGCCAUCGAAGUCGCCAAAUUGGAAAAAAUCUGUUGCCGAAGAUGAGGAUCAUGCGGGAAAUUGCUGCACUAAAACCAAGAACUGGUUCACUAAAUUCCCCAACGCAACUUGGCCGAUUCUGAUAACUGAAUUUGGUGAACGUUUCUCUUAUUAUGGAAUCAAAACGGUGCUGGUGCUGUAUUUGACCAAAGACCUCAUGUUCAACAAAGCAAAUGGCAAGAGUAUAUAUCAUGCUUUUAGCAUGACUAGUUACUUUACCGGAGUUAUCGGGGCCAUGAUUGCUGACAGUUGGCUAGGAAAGUAUCGGUAAGUCAAUAAGUCAUAGAAAUUUUCACUCCAAUAGUCAACCUUUUACUGUCUAUUAAGGUAUAAUAUGUGGUUCUUAACUUUCAGUCUGUGGAUCAAACCCUAGAGUGUGACCAUUCAAAUGAAAGCUAUUGAGCAGUACUUUCAUGUGGUACUGUUUAUUUUGCC